CCCAGGGCGCCCGGGCCACUGUGGCCACUGCCCUGGGGGGCCCUGGCUUGGGCCGUGGGCUUCGUGGGCUCCGUAGGCUCGGGGGACCCCUCGCCCGGUGGUGUCUGCUGGCUCCAGCAGGGCAAAGAGGCCACCUGCAGCCUGGUGUUGAAGACCGAUGUGAGCCAGGCUGAGUGUUGUGCCUCUGGCAACAUUGACACCGCCUGGUCCAACUUCACCCACCCAGGGAACAAGAUCAGCCUCCUGGGCUUCCUGGGCCUUGUCCACUGCCUCCCCUGCAAAGGUGAGACCUCGGGCGUCAGCCACAAUCCAGGGUCACUACAGUCAAAGGUGGACCUGCUGGAAGUGAGCUCCCCGUCUCGGGGGUGUGCAGGAGGAAGUCAAGGCUGCGUGGCGCCCCUGACCCACCCUGGCGCCCUAUCCACAGAGUCCUGCGCGCACGUGGUGUGCCAGCGGCCACAGUCGUGCGUGGUGGACCAGACAGGCAGUGCCCAUUGCGUGAUGUGUCGCGCUGCGCCCUGCCCCGCGCCCUCCAGCCCUGGCCAGGAACUCUGCGGCAACAACAACGUCACCUACCUGUCUUCGUGCCACCUCCGCCAGGCCACCUGCUUCCUGGGCCGUUCCAUUGGCGUGCGACACCCGGGCAGCUGCGCAGGUGCGGUGCGGAGCGGGGAACAGUGGUGGGCUGUAGGCCCCAGCCCCUCUCCGUACCCCCGUUUCUCUGUUCGUCCCUCCCACUCAGCAGGCACCCCUGAGCCAGCAGAUGUUGAGUCGGAGGAAGAAGAGGAGAACUUUGUGUGACUUAACAGGGUGGCCUGGGCCUGGCGUUCAAGGCCUCCCCCAUUUUAUUUAUUGCCAGAGCAAAGCCUAAUUUAUGUCCCAUGGACACUCCCCAGAGCCAGGACCGGACCACUUGCGGGAGCCCUGGACCCUUCCCCCCAACCAUACACAUCUUGGAAGAAUUGGUGGGAGGAGGCCUGGGAGCAGUGCUGGUAGGGGAACCCUCCACCCCAAACACCCUACUACUGUUCAAGAGGACCUUGCUUCUGUUCCCUCGGGAAUAACUAUUAAUUAUCACUGCCACUGAGAGGACUGAGAGUUCUCUGCCAGCAAUUAAUGAAAGGGCACCCUAGCCUUCUAGAACAAGGGAUGGGGAGGGGUCCACAACCUGGGUGCAUAUACAUGGACCUCAGGACAUGCUUAGAACCCCGGACAGGUCAAGGAAGCAGUCUGUCCCCUACCAACCCAAGUAUUCAGGGCUUUCCUUCCCCCACUGCCUCCGCGUACCCAGCAGGUCCUGUAAAGGCCCCUGAGAAAAGCCCAGCUUAUCCCCUGGUCGGGGAGGCACUGUCUGUGCCUCCUGACAUAGGCCUCAGCUCAGCAUUAGCUCAGAACAGGGCCCGAUCCACUUCGGGUGAGAUCUCCUGGGGCCCGGGAGCCCCUACUCAUCCGGUGGGAUAUAGACACCAAGGCCCACUGCACACCCGGCCCCCUGGAGCUGCGUGUCUGAACAGCACCCCUAGUGCCUGCUGACUCGUCCACAGGCGAGGUCCAGACACAGGACCCCUUGGUAUCAUGAGGCCCACCCUUGGGUCUCUAGGCCCAGUUCUUGGGUGAACCCUCUUUGCCCACCAGCUCGGCUCAGGGGUCUCAACCCCAGCCUAGGGCCAAUUCCCUGCAUUCCUGGGCUGUCACUCAAUGCCACCUCCUUGUGCCUUUGUGUAGACCAGAGGAUCAGACCUGAUAUGGGAAUUCAGCUCCUCAAGUUUGGGGCAAGGAGCUCAGGGGGCAGUGUGCCCACCCUCUCCCAGCCCCCAGAAAGUGCCUUACCUAUGUCACCCAGAAAAGUGUCCUUGAGUAGGUGAGUUUGCCCAAGCCACCCAAUAAGGCAAUUUUCCCCGGCCUGGGGUCCUGCCUCACCAAAGAAAUAAAGAUUGUAAAAAGCCA